AUGCCGUAGACGGAAAGAUGGCGACCCUUACGCUAGUUAGCCGUCCUGCGAGUGUCCUUCCAAAGAUUUCUAAGGGCUGCUGUCCCCCCACUGUGCUGUCGGCUUCCUCCGUCGUCCCUGUUCAGCAGAGGAAGCUGCACCAUGCUGUCAUCCCCAAAGGGAAGGGAGGUCGCUCGUCCUCCAGCGGCAUAGCGGCCACUGUUUUCGGUGCUACGGGCUUCCUGGGGAGAUACGUAGUAAACCGGCUGGGCCGGAUCGGCUCUCAGAUUGUAGUCCCUCACCGCUGUGAUCAGUAUGACACCAUGUAUUUUAAACCUAUGGGGGACCUUGGACAAAUCAUUUUUAUGGAGUGGGACGCCCGGAACAAAGACUCCAUCAAAAGAGCUUUGGAGCACUCCAACGUUGUCAUCAACCUUGUGGGGAGAGAAUGGGAAACGAGGAACUACCGCUUUGAGGAUGUGUUUGUGAGCAUCCCUCAGCAGAUUGCCAAGGCAACCAGAGAGGCUGGCAUCACAAAGUUCAUCCACAUGUCUCACCUCAACGCUGACAUACGCAGCUCGUCCAAAUACCUGAGGAACAAGGCUGUGGGAGAGAAUGCAGUGAGAGAUGAGUUUCCCGACGCCAUCAUCAUGAAGCCAUCAGAGAUGUUUGGGAGGGAGGACAGGUUCUUCAACUACUACGCAAACAUGCGUUGGUUCGGCAGCGCCAUCCCACUCAUCAACCUCGGGAAGACAACGGUCAAGCAGCCUAUUCAUGUGGUGGAUGUGGCGAAGGCCAUUAUGAGCGCAGUCAGAGACCCAGAAGCCAAUGGAAAGACAUACGCACUAGUUGGUCCCAACCGGUACGUCCUCCAUGACCUGGUGGAGUACAUCUACGCUGUGGCUCACAGGCCUUUUGCACCCUACCCACUGCCCCGCCCACUCUUUCACCUCGCUGCUCGGUUUUUCGCAAUGAGCCCAUUCGAACCAUGGACAACCCCCGAUAAAAUAGAAAGGUUCCACACGAGCGAUAUGAAGUACCCAGGACUCCCUGGGCUGGAGGAUCUUGGCAUCAGUCCUUCCACAGUAGAACAAAAGGCUAUCGAGAUUCUGCGUCGCCAUCGCCAAUACCGUUUCCUUGAAGCAGACUUGAACGCGACAAAGCCAGCCAAGACUGUCAACUACUGAAGUGUUGAAUCGGUGUCCCGACAUCACUUUGACAAGCUUUGUCUUUAACUAAAUCCUGUAUGUAAAUAAAAUCAAUCUUUACCUUAAA